ACUAAGGAGACUGAAGUAAAGUAGCCUACCACUAGAAUAACUGGAAGAAAACGUAAGAAUUGGGUAAACAUAUUUUUCAGGCAGUCGCUUUUUCAUUUGCAACUUGUUUUCAAGUGCUGUUUUAAUAUAACUGAUAAAUCGUGCAGAUUUUUGGACAGCCUAAGUGAUGGGAGUUUGCUUCGGAUGUUGAGGGGGCCUGUGCUACACGUUUACAUAUCUGCAAAGGGAGGUUCCGUUACGUAGUAAAUCCAUUCAAUCGCGGACAGUUAGAAGAGAUUCGACGCGAGGGGACGAAGGAGGCUGCUAGUAGUGCCAACACAACACAUCGAGCUUCAUAACGAUCCUGGUUAAACUGAUAGUUUUUCCUGCAAAAUGAGACUGCGCUUGCAUAUUAUGAUUUAUCUGGCACUUUUGAUCACUUUCGUUGCUUGCAACGCUCCUCCGGUGCCCCUGGAUGACAUCGUCGUGGAGAAGACUUUCGUCCCUGAGAAGUGUGAAAGGACAGUGAAAUCUGGCGACUUUGUCAGAUAUCAUUACAAUGGCAUGUUCCCCGAUGGCAAAAAGUUUGACUCCAGUUAUGACCGUGGUUCCACAUAUAAUGUGUAUGUGGGGAAGAAGCAGCUCAUUGCAGGCAUGGAUAAGGCCCUGGUCGGGAUGUGUGUGAACCAGAGAAGUGUGGUCAAGAUCCCUCCUGCCCUGGCAUACGGAAAAAACGGAUACGGUGACGUCAUCCCUCCAGACGCCAUCCUGCACUUCGAUGUCCUGCUUCUGGAUAUCUGGAAUCCGGAAGAUAAGGUCCAGUCCCAGACCUACUACAAGCCCGAGACGUGCAGCCGCACUGUCCAGGUGUCUGACUUCAUCCGUUACCACUACAAUGGCACCCUGCUUGAUGGAACACUGUUCGACUCCAGUCACAACCGCAUGCGCACAUAUGACACCUACGUGGGGAUUGGUUGGCUAAUUGCUGGAAUGGACCAAGGCCUGCUCGGAAUGUGUGUCGGGGAGAAACGCAUCAUUACCCUUCCACCGUUCCUGGGCUAUGGGGAGAAUGGAGAUGGCAGUGACAUCCCGGGGCAGGCCUCCCUGGUUUUUGAUGUAGUCCUGUUGGACCUCCACAACCCCAAAGACACUAUCUCGGUGGAGCAGCAGGUGAUCCCUGAAACCUGCACCAGAAAGAGCCAGGAAGGUGACUUCAUGCGGUAUCACUACAACGGAUCCCUUCUGGAUGGGACCUUCUUUGACUCCAGCUAUUCCCGGAACCGCACAUAUGACACCUACAUCGGGAAGGGAUAUGUGAUCGCAGGCAUGGAUAUGGGCCUGCUGGGGGUGUGCAUCGGCGAGAGGAGGAGGGUCGUUAUCCCGCCUCAUCUGGGCUACGGAGAGGAGGGCACAGGCACCAAGAUCCCCGGCUCGGCUGUCCUGGUCUUCGACGUCCAUGUGAUCGACUUCCACAACCCCUCGGACACGGUGCAGGUUACCAGCAGCUACAAGCCCGAUUCCUGCAGCCUCCUGAGCAAGAAGGGCGACUUUGUCAAGUGCCACUACAACGCCAGCCUGCUGGAUGGCACGCCCAUCGGCUCCACACACAGCUUUGGGAAGACGUAUGAUGUGGUGCUGGGGGCAGGGCAGAUGGUGCAGGGGAUGGAGGUGGGACUGAAGGACAUGUGUGUGGGAGAGAAGCGCGUCCUGGUAAUCCCUCCCCACCUGGGCUACGGGGAGAGAGGAGUGGAAGGCGAGGUCCCAGGAAGUGCCGUAUUGGUGUUUGACGUCGAGAUGAUUAGCUUGGAGGAGGGUCUUCCCGAUGGCUACAUGUUCAUCUGGGACAGCGAUGUCUCACCCAAUCUCUUCACUGAGAUGGACAAGAACAAGGACAACAAUGUGGAGCCUUCAGAGUUCUCUGAUUACAUCCUGCGGCAGGUGAAUGAGGGUAAGGGCCGCCUUGCCCCUGGCUUUGACGCCCACAGGAUCAUCGAGAACAUGUUCACGAACCAGGACCGCAACGGCGACGGAAAGAUCACAGCUGAAGAGUUCAAGCUGAAGGCAGACGAGUCUGCCGCACAUGAUGAACUAUAAGACCCAAGGUGCACAGCGUUAGAAAUAUGAUUCAGGGUCAAUAACACUAACCUAAGAACAUUUUUCUAGUGUUCAAUAUUGUUUUGUGUUCGUUUUUAAAAAAAGAUUUUAUUGUAUUUUUCUCCCGGGGGGAGGGGUUGGGGGUUUGGUGUGUAUUUUACAAGUGAGCUGUUGUCAAAUUAAUAAAUGUCAAAAUUGAAUGAGGGGAGGUUUUGAAAUUGCGCUAUGCUCAGGAACCAAGUUGUUGUCUAAAAUGACAGUUGAUGGUGUUGAUGCAAUUGCCUUUCUGGCUCCACAGUAUUAUGUACUUGUGUUUCUGCAGAUUUUCCAGGUAACAAGGGUAUGGGCUCUUUUUCAAAUUCCAGUGGUAAGGACAUGGUAUGAAUAAUUAAGGAUGUUGUAGUUAUUUGAGAUGCUGCCAGUGUGACAAAGGAAGUGUUUUAAGGGCCAGUACAGCGAAGAUUAGCAACUGGCAACUAGGGAAUUACCAUUACCACCAUACAGUUUGGUUUAGAAAGUUUUUGAAAGUCUAUAUUUUCACUAUUAUUCAUGUCGGCUGUUGAUACAGAGGCAAUUAUUGCUGAGCCAAUCAGAGCGCCUGAAUCACUGCAUCACUGAAAAGUGCACAUUAGUGCUGUAAUUAUGCAAAAACAUCUACCAUUAUUUUUCUUCCUCACUGUCUGCUUGACAUAUGUUGUUAGCAGAUGGUGAAGUUUAGACAAAGUUUAAUCCAAAUGUUGUUGGAGGUUUGUGAGGAUGAGGGGAAUACACUGUUCUAUGGAGGGUUUUUCCUAUGCAGAUUCAGAGUGGAUUCAAUUCUACUAGACUUAUCCUGGCACAGCAUAUGAAGGGAAAUUGGUCCCCAAUAAUGUCUAGUAUGUGCAUCCUAGUCUAAUAAUAGGAAAACCCUUUGGACAUAAUGCAUCUUUGUUAUCUAUACUUUAGACAACAGUGCCACAGAAUUAGAUGAACACUCAAUUUCCCAUUGUAUCAUGCCAACCCUAGAAGCUGAAGAGGUGUUAUUAUGUACUGUGGGUACAGUGGUCUUUCCCCCUAAUGUAGUUCAAUUGUUUAUAGUUUUGGUAGAGAGAACUGCUUUUCCCUGCUUACCUCCACAUGUACAAGAAACCAAGUUUUGGUGUAAACUCUUGCCUUUUAUUUGUGUUUUAAUGUGUAUUUGUUCAGGAUUGAGCUGUUUUUAAUUUUCUUUACGAAUGUUGGGGUCUUAACUUUGAUCGAUCAAAUACCCAUUUUUCUGAAUAACAGGUUGUGUUUGCAUAAUAUGUAUAUGUUUUAAUUGGAAUCGUUGGAUCACAGUAAAGGAAAAUACUAAAUGCUGUGCCUAAAAAUAUUUGACAGCAUCCCUGAAGUUUUCACAGAAAUGUCAGAGUAACCUUUAACAUCAUUAUACUGCAAGUGAUAUACAUAAUGAUAUACAUCAAUGCAGUCUACAUGGAAAAAAACAAUGAAAGGAAGCCCUCAAAAUGAUGGCUACAUGAAUUUAGGAAUACUCCCGUUAUCCUUUGUUGACCAAAUUUAAGUGGUUUUUAAAGUGAAGUAGAAUCCAUGUCAUUACUGUAUUUCUGUAGCACUUUACUAUGGUGCUACACAAGAUAUAGUAACUAUGGGAGAGUGAGGCUUCAUCAACCCCUUUAAUAGAAGUAGCUGUCACAAAUUCAUAUUAUGUCCUUGAUUGAAAGACUUCACUUUCUGUAAAGGUAUGAGUGUAACAUAAAAUGCUACAGUGUGUUAAGCAUUGGAUGAUAUUGAUGCUACCUUAUAGGAUUUUAAGGGUAAAUGAGAUUGCAUUUUCCCAUAGCUUUUUAUAAAUAUUUUAUAUCUAUAUACUGUGUAUUUCCAAUGAAAGGUUGUCAAAUCUGAGGCAGCACUGGAAUAAGUUAAGCGUGUCCCCUGGUUGACUGAGUUAUGUUUCCAUUUACUGAAAUCUCCUUCCUUCUUCUGAAAUGUAUGAUUCAGUGACUCCCAAUAUGAAUUAUUUGCUGCAUUUUGAUGAUUUCAUGCAAGAAUGCCUCAGCAAGACUGUGAGUAAUGGGUGUAAGAUGUGUAUCAGUGUGCCUUAAAUUCAAUGUGUUUGUGUGUUUUUUGUUUUUUUUCAUGUCCCUUAAUUAAACAUACAUUCCAAACAA